GCGGCGGCCGGAGCCCGAGCUGACGCCGCCUUGGCACCGUCCUGGACUUACAAACUGAGGCCGGGCCAGCGCGCGGCGCAGGCGCCGCUCCCUGCGUCCGUCUCCGCGCGCUCUCUGAGAGGACCGAGGCACUGGGCUGGGCUUGAUUUUUUUUUUCUUUCCCGUCCCCAGUUUCUUUCUCUCUUUUUAAAAAUAAUAAUUAUCCCAAUAAUUAAAGCCCAUCCCCCUCCCCUCCCCCAGUCCCUCCCCCCCAACCCCCUCCUCCGCCCUCCAGGGCUGGGGAGCACCACGAAUUGACCAAGUGAAGCUACAAAUUUGCGACGUAAAUUGCGGGGUCUCGAAUCAUGUCGCUGACCAACACAAAGACGGGGUUUUCGGUCAAGGACAUCUUAGACCUGCCGGACACCAACGAUGAGGAGGGCUCGGUGACCGAAGGGCCGGAGGAGGAAAACGAGGGGCCCGAGCCCGCCAAGAGGGCCGGGCCGCUUGGGCCAGGCGCCCUGGACGCGGUGCAGAGCCUGCCCCUGAAGAGCCCCUUCUACGACAGCAGCGACAACCCAUACACUCGCUGGCUGGCCAGCACCGAGGGGCUCCAGUACUCCCUGCAUGGGCUGGCGGCCGGCGCGCCCCCGCAGGACUCCAGCUCCAAGUCCCCGGAGCCCUCGGCCGACGAGUCACCGGACAAUGACAAGGAGACUUCGGGCAGCGGAGGGGACGCAGGCAAGAAGAGGAAACGGCGCGUGCUGUUCUCCAAGGCGCAGACCUACGAGCUGGAGCGGCGCUUCCGGCAACAGCGGUACCUGUCAGCGCCCGAGCGCGAACACCUGGCCAGCCUCAUCCGCCUCACGCCCACGCAGGUCAAGAUCUGGUUCCAGAACCACCGCUACAAAAUGAAGCGCGCCCGGGCCGAGAAAGGUAUGGAGGUGACGCCCCUGCCCUCGCCGCGCCGGGUGGCCGUGCCCGUCCUGGUCAGGGACGGCAAGCCAUGCCACGCGCUCAAAGCCCAGGACCUGGCCGCCGCUACCUUCCAGGCCGGCAUCCCCUUCUCGGCCUACAGUGCGCAGUCGCUGCAGCACAUGCAAUACAACGCCCAGUACAGCUCGGCCAGUGCCCCCCAGUACCCGACAGCACACCCCCUGGUCCCGGCCCAGCAGUGGACUUGGUGAGCAACACCCCUGCGGACUCGCGGCCCCAGGCCCAGGCCCCACCGCGGCGGCGGCGGCAAGGAGGCUGUGGCCCUGCGGCGGUUAUUAUUAUUAUUAUAAUUAUUCUGGAGUCGAGUUGACUCUGGCUCCUGCGGGGAGGCGCCCAAGGUUGCCCGCGCCUCCUUGGAGAGGCGGAGUCCACCCACUGGCUCUGCCCCGUCCCUCUUCCUGACCUUUUGGAGAGGACUGAACUCCAGGCCGUGUUUACAGAAUGUUUGCGCAGCUCCGCUUCUUUGCCUCUCCCCGAGGGUGACCGAACCGUCCUGGCGUUCGUGUCGUCACUUGAAAACGAGCAAGAGACCGACCCCCGACCCCGCUUUCGUGAAUUUUGUAAAAUAUGUUUGUGUGAGUAGCGAUAUUGUCAGCCGUCGUCGUCUUCUAAAGCAAGUGGCGAACACUUUAAAAAUAUAGAGGAUUUUCUCCUUUUUUAAAAAAAAUAAGAAAAUGCUAAAUAUUUAUGGCCAUGUAAACGUUCUGACAAUUGGUGGCGAAUCUCGCUUUUCGUUGUAAAUAUCGGUGGUGAUUGUUGCCAAAAUGACCUUCAGGACGGUCCUGUCCCCUUGGGGCCCAACUCCUCCUUCGUGAUCUGUUUUGGUUUGGUUAUGUUUGGGUUACCCCCACUUUUUUCUUUUUCUUUUCUUUUUCAUUUUGUUCAGUGCAAACAUUUCUCAAAUAUGAAAAAGGAAAACGUGAGUCGGCAGGAAUUCCCCUGUCCGCCCCACCCCGGCCCUAGAGCCCCGAAACUUGGAGCUCAGCGGUCCUGUGAGGCUCCCCCAGAGCGCCGGGCGCUGAAAGCUUUCGAUUUUUUAAAAUAAUUUUAAUAAAAAUCCUGUGUUUAAAAA